ACGACAGUCGACAGCAUAAACUCGUUCAGUGGAAACAUGUGUUUGGUUAUUUUUAAAUUCGAGUACACGUACAUCACUAGUUAAUAUGAGAAAAAAUUGUGAUGUGCAAAAUUCUACUUACUUCGCAGUUCGCGAUUUGAUAUUAUUUUGACGCGUUCGAAAUUUAAAUUACGAAUAAAAUUGAAUUACAUUGUGUUCGGAACUUGAAUUCCAUAAAUGAACAAUGGAAUAGGUGAUUAAAACAAAGACUGAAAAUUGAAAGUGAUUUUUAUUAUUUAAGUGGUUAUUAAAAUAAACUGUUUUUAAAAUUGUUGUGAAUGAGUUUAAAUACAAGUAUAUGAAGAAAAUAAGUAGGUAACUACCUACAUUGUGUCCGGAGAGUUUUGGCAACUUUUCCACUUGCUGACUCUACAGUUGGAUACACACCUGAUACAUUAUAUACGGCUGAAAAAUGUGCUUCUCAUCCGUAAGCGGCGGUCGCCGUCGCUAGCAGUGCAGCAUGCGUUCCCUGCUGGCGUACUACGCUGACGCGGUGAUGUCUGCGGCAGCGCGCGGCGCCGGGUGCGCGCGCGAGUGCAGCGGCCACGGCGACUGCAUGAACGGCACCUGCCUCUGCGAGAUCCGGUACACGGGCGACGAGUGUGCUGGUCACAAUAUGCCGUACCAUGCCUGUAUCGGCGGGCUGUUCCUGCUGGUGGCGUUCGUAUGCGCGAUGCAGUUGACGAUAUGCAUAGUGUCGGAGUACAGAAGGCUAAAGGCGCCCACCUUCCUGCGCGCCUGUAAAGUCACCACGCAGAAGAUGCUGUACCUCAUCGCGUUCCUCGCCUCCCUCAUCCGCGGCGCCUACUUCGUGUCGCCGAAUGCAUUCCACGAGGGCUGGGCGACGAGUCUCCUUUCAGCAUACUAUCCGCUCAUGAUGUCCGGGUCUUCGCUCAUCGUGUGUUUCUGGGCUGAGGUGUUCCACCUUCGCGACAUCCGCUGGGAGAGACAGAGGUUUCUUUCGAAGUCAUUCCUGGCGUUUGUGACCUUCAACCUUAUCAGCUACUCGCUGUUGGCGGCCGAGGUGCUCACGACCAACGUUGCCAGUACAUCGCCCAAACAGAAGAAUUUCUACCAGCACGUCUUCAACGGCUGCUACGCGGUGCUGUUCUUCAUUGUGGUCGUAUUCUUCCUCAUUUACGGAGUCGAAGUGUAUUUCAAGCUUCGCGGAGAAUUCCUCAAAGAGACUAAAGUGUGCACCAUAAUAUCACCGCGCCCUGGCCCUUCCACCGCUGCAGAAGGUGACGAUGUACAGGACACCCUCGUUACGAAGCAGGGCAUCCAGACAGACCUUGCUUCAGAUGGCAGUGUGGACCCGCGAUCAGUGAACCAUUCCCAGUUACACCAGUCGCGCCUGGGCCUAGUCAGCCAGGCGUUGAUGCUCAUCCUCAUCGUGGGAUUCCUAGCUUCAGAAACCCUCAGCGAGUUCUGGAAAGCCAAAGUACCAGUGGGAUCGCGCAAUUGGCACGAUCUAGUGUUCCGUAUAGUGGAGAUCGGCGUCGCGCUAUGGUUCCCCUGCGUGCUGUGGAACUGCAUGGCGCCCGAGCGGCUCUGGUUGCUCAACCCGCGGCGGCUGCUCGCGCGCCAGCUCGACGACGCGCGCCUCGCGGACCUGCUCGCGCCGCACCGACCUGCCAACGAUGCCAAGAAUGUGGAGACGGAUUCGUUAGUGGGCAGUGUGGGUUCGAGUCGCGACUGCUGGAUCUGCUACGACAGCGCGCGGCAGGAGCCGCUCAUCACGCCGUGCCGGUGCACCGGGGACGUGGCCGCUGUGCACCAUGACUGCCUGAGGAGGUGGCUGGUGGAGUGUUCCACGAACUCUGACGGCUUAAAAUGCAAGGUCUGCAACACCCCGUACAUCGUACAGGAGACUAACAAAGUGGAAUGGGAGCGUGGGUUCACGUGCGCGCACUGGGUACGCACGGUGCUGGGCGUGGCGUGCGUGUGCGGCGCGGCGGGCGCGGCGUGGGCGCUCGUGCAGCUGUUCCCUUCGCCCGUGCCGAGGCUGCUCGCCGCAGGGACUGCCCUCAUCAUCUGCUACGUUGCGCUACAAUUCUUAGCAAAGGACACAGCGACAGCCCUCCAAAGAGCCAAAGUCUCCUCACUCCGGAUCCUCACGGAAUCCACCGAUGCAUCAGAGACCAACCAGACUCAGUUGUCUACCAUCAGCAAAACUGUCACUGUGGAGAUAGCUUCCAAGACUGUCCUGGAGCAGGCGCUGAAGGGAGAUGUCAAAUAAAGUGAUUUGAAAAGGACUAAAGUGAAUGAAAAGUGUAAAAAAAUACACAAGUGAAUAAAAAGUGAAAAGGAAAAUGGACUGGUUAUUGGUCAUUAUAACUUUUAAAAUGGAGUUCGCCGUCAAUUCCACCCAAGACAGACCGGGCCAUUAAUGAAUUUUAGUACAAUCAUUUAAAACGACAAAAGUGAACGAGAAGUGAACCAAGUAACAAAUGUAAAUGUCAAAUAAAGUUAUUUAAAAGAGACAAUAUAAAGCCAAUCAGGAUGUGUUUAGAGAAAAUGGAACCAUAUGAAAAGUGAAAGAAAAGUGAAAGAACAAAAUUAAAAGUGAAGUGACAGUGAAAAGUAUUCUGCAGUAGAAACUUGAUGACGGAAGAAAACGAUUACAAAACUUUUUGCCAUAUUUGUGGUUUUACGUAUGAUCAUAUCAAUGAUAUAUUCUUAUAUAUUUUGGUCCGUAUAGAAGCUUAUAUUAUAUAGCUAUAAUUUUUCAUAGAUUUAACAUUUAAUACCAAUAAUACUAUACUAAAAACAAAAAAAAAUGAUAAUAUAAUAUUAUAUGUGUCAGAAAUUAAGUCUCAGGGGGGCUAGCACAAAAGUUGUAUUUAUUACAUUGCGACAAUUGUGAUGGUUGUGAUUGGCUGAAUUUAUAGUAUUCUUGCUGCAACUACACUUUACCCAGUAAUAUAAAAACCGGUCAAGUGCGAGCCGAACUCGUACACGUAAGGUUCCCUACUAUCGUAUAUCGUGAAAAGUACAAGAUUAUGUACUGCUUAGUUUUUUUUAAUUAAAUGGCGGCCAUUUUGAAAUUUUUAUUAUUUGUUGUUAAACAGCAACAGAAAUAUACACUGAAAAUUUCAAUUCUAUCUUUUCUAUUCUAACAGUUCAUGAGAGACUUUUACAGUCCUCUGACAGACAGACAGACGGACGGAUAGUGGAGGCUUAAUGAUAGGAUCCCGUUGGCAUCCUUUAAAUAUGGAACCCUAAAAAGUGGCAGCCAAUCACAGGUAAUUGCAAUCAUCACAUUGUAGUUUUAAACUUUGCUGCUAGGCCUUCUCAUUCAUCAUAAAAAUUGACAGAUGUUUAUCUGUCAAAUUGUACUUUCAAGUAUGUACAUUAUCCGACAGGAAAUAUUACACAUCGAACUUUAGAAAGAGAUAGCAGUUUCUUAGAGCGUUGUCUCUGUUGUUGAGACCGACGAAACAGCAUACUAAGUAGAGUACUACCACUUAUAUAAGUUCCAUCGGCAAAACUGAAUGUACAUCAAUGAAAUACAGACCUUAAUGCUUGACGUUAAGAUUUUAAAUACAAGAACAAUAGAGACUCGUGCUAUCUCGCUCACAAUUCGUGCGCACAAAGCAUGUUUUGUACAGCAACCAAUAGCGUACAGACGCAUUUAACUGGCUGAGAUUUUAUCACGCCAGUCAAAAAUAAAAUUUCUGCGCAGGUACAUCGGCGUAACUUAUAAAAGGGUAGUACUAGUGACAAAGACGACGGUCUACGAACCAGAAAUCUCUUUCUUAAGCUUGAUGUGCAAAUAUUUCUUGCCAAUACCUAUAUUUGGGUUAAAACCCUAAAAACCAUAGUAAAAAAACCUAGCUAAGAAAUGUAGUAGACCGAGUGAAGAAAAAUUGUAAACAUACUAGAAAAGAAAACUUUACUGUAUUUUUCAUGGACGUAAAAUAAAAUUUAGAGCAUUAAUUCUUAAAUUAAUAAAUAAGUCACAACAUUGUCCCAAUCUAAGAAUUUACAGGUCUGCUUGUGUGUGUGUUUAGAGGCCCUAAUGUAAUUUUUCAAGUUAGUUAAAGUUAAUGAUGGACAUGAGUGGUAAUUUUAAAUGAUUUUUAUCUGGUGAACUUAUUAAUUUUCUUCACACUGAUUUCACAAGAAAUUUUUCAUGUGUUUAUCUUUCUAACAUUCACAUCGUUGAGAUGUGAGUGUUCACGCUCGUGCGCUUUUUAGCUCAGGUCGAUGACCGUGCGGGCGCUAAAUUUAAACAAUAAAGCGCGAUUAAACAACUUGUGAAAUUUUACUUAGUGAUUUUUCACAAGCUGUUUUGGUUUGGUACGGUAGCGAUUGCUACAUAAUAUGUAAGCAAGUGUAAGGUAAGUAGGUACCUAGUUGAAAACUUACACUUAGGGCCUUGUUUUUAUUUUACGUCACUGGAAAAUCCUUAUUGUUGAACACAAAACUUCUAAAUUGACAGCAAUUAACGCCGAAUACUGAAAAACCAUGAAAAACAUAAAAAAUCUAAUACUGAAUACUGACGUCUAAUCUUUUUCUUUUUAAUAUUGCUAAAAAAGGCCGAAAAAUUAAUUUAAACAACAGGCAAACGACUAGCACCUUAAGUCAAGGGGGUUGACAGUUCUAAGUUGAAAUCAGUGUGUCUGUCCUUUUCUUAUUACAUUAGUGAGAAGCAGAUGCGAAUAUUCUAGUGUGUAUUAACCACUUCUUAAUAUUAAUUCAGAUGAUUCUAAUAUUUUUAAUAAAGAAUAUUAGCCAUGUUAAGCGUAAAGCUUAUGCCAGGAGUGGGUACGACAAUAGUGCAACGGGUGGGGUUUGAACCGCGGACCUUUCGGAAUUCAGUCCGCUCCUCAACCGUUGAGCUAUCAAUGUUUUGGUAUUCGUCAGUUUAGAUAAACAAUGGAAAAUCUCGUCGAACUUUUUUUAGUAUUUCUUUCAUAUAAAUACUACUGACACUAGACUUCUUUAAAUUGUAAGGUGAUUAUACAAAAUAUAAAUUCAGGUCAGACUUGCCAUAAAAAUGUCUCGCAUUUUUUUCGCAGCGCGGGCUAACCUUUAUGAUGCUUUGCACUAUAUUGACCUAUCAAAGUAGAAGUUUCGUGUUCAUGUGAAUUUAUUAAAAUCCUUAAUAAAUAUUACAAUAUUGUGACUAAUCCUGUUGUACACAACCUCUAAACUAAAUUAAAUUGACAGGUCUAUAUAUAUUGCUAUCCCUUUCAUAAUGUUUCUCGUGGAAAAGGAUAGCACUAGAUAGACCUGUCAAUUUAGUUUAGAGAUUGUGCAUAAAAGAAUUAGCAACAUUGUGUGUUGUGAAAGUGAAUUGUUUUAGUACAAAGAUGGUUAUGUCAAUUGUGAUUACUGAUUACCUUUAGAGGAAGCCAUUUUUAAUAUUAAACUAUGUAUUAGGAUGGAAACAUAAUGUUAUAAUAACGCGAUCCAACCAAAUACUAAGUGACUCGCGUUGACCAAAAACACAGUACUAAUACUACAAACUACUACUAGAAUUCCAAAUGCAUACAUAUUAUAAAAGCGUGUCUGUUUGUUUAGAAUACAGAAUUCUCGGGUCUGGUGGGGUCGCGUGUAAUAUGUAUUUUUCUAUCUUUAUCUUAGAGGUUCUUCUGGAAUGUUCUUAAUUAGAUCUAGUAUUCUCUAGAAGGUCCUAGAUUAAUAAAAAUGUUGCCAAAUUGUUAAAAUGCCAAUUUAUCGAUUGUGAAAAUAAAGUAAA